AAGUUAUGCAGACGCAUUUUGACUUGCUAUAAGGUUGGCAAGAUUAUUGGUUAAAAAAUCUUUUCUUUCCCUAUACUGUGCAGGAUUUCAUUCUCUGUUCAGUUUUGCUUUAAAUUUCUCCCCUUGAUUCCUUUUUUUUGGUUGUAGACUGGCCAAGAUAUUUGGUGCUUAGUUGGUGCUUCCUUGUUUGACAACAUAUACUUCUGAUGUUUUUUUUUGGUGUAAAUCCAGUCAUUGACAAUUUAUGUCUCUUGCAAGGAGGACAUCUUCUCAUUGGCUAGAGAAUUAAACUAGUUUUUUGCUCUCCUAGCUUUGAUAAUCUCUCCUUUAUUAGGUGAACAUUAGACUCCUCUUUUCUGAGGUCAAUAUCUACUUGAUAAUCAUCAUGGAUCCCUAUGCAUAAAUCAUGACAUAAAUAUCAAGCUGACUCAAAUUUCAUGCAAGAUCAGAUUAAAAUAUUUGACAACUAAGGUGAGCAUUAUCUGACGCUGCUUACAAACUGAAGUUGAAUUUAAUAGCCCAUGUUUUAUAUUGGUCUCCUUUUUUCGAUGUCCUGCGUUUGCUGUACUACAUUAUUGUGAACCUGUGUUAAUGUAUUCAUCAAAUUCGGUUUUGGAGCUCUUAUGGUAUUCACGUGCUUGUGGAGUUAUUCUCAAAUUCAAGGACUAUAUUAUGCUCUGCUUAUUGGUAUUCUACUUUUAGGUAUGGUGGAACCAUUACGAAUCAGAUUAAGAGACUUGGUGCUUCGUGUGAUUGGACUAGGGAACGAUUUACCCUGGAUGCAGAGCUGAGUCGAGCUGUUGUGGAGGCUUUUGUUAGGCUGCAUGAAAAAGGCCUAAUUUAUCAAGGUUCAUAUUUGGUCAAUUGGUCUCCUAAUUUGCAGACUGCUGUUUCUGACUUGGAAGUUGAAUAUUCUCAAGAACCUGGUGCUUUAUAUUACAUCAAGUACCGUGUAGCUGGAGGUUCGAGGUAUAGAUCAGCCAUUUUUCUGAUGAAUAUUUUGCUUACUUUUCGUUGCCUGUUGUUAGUUGAUUAGUAACUUUUUUGCUUCAAGAUAUUGAGAUGCAUUCCUUAUGUUGAAAAUAGAGAGCAUCAUCUCCUUGAGCCUGACUCAUGCAUACCCAUAUGGAGAAAAAACAUAGAGUUCAUACCCCUUAGCACUUAUCUUAGCUAAGCUUUCAACACAAUCAACUAAAAUCCAUGAAAGGCUUUCCACUGAAUAUGACACUUUGGUGCUAACUUCUAAACGUGCAUUGCCGUUGUCUUCUAUUUAUCAAGCCUAUAUGUUUGUGUUAAAAAUUAUCUCUUUGCUUCCCUUGAGAGUUUGUGUUGCUAGAUUGCCAAAUCCUUUUAUUUUCAGAGAUGUUAUUAAGCACAAGCAAUGGUAGAAAGGACUAGUUUCUAUUGAAAUUCUCAAAAAAAAUUGAUCACUUGAAGUUUUGCCAUGAAGCUGUGAUAUAACAUACACCACUUAUACAAAUAUAUGCUGAUUUAACAUGACUAAUUUUAGAACCAGUUGCAGCUAGAAAAAGGCUACCACAUGAUCCAUCAAACACAUGGAGACCUCACUACAACACAACUGAUUUCAGUUUACUUUCUCCUACGGAGACAACUGUGUAGAUGCUCCAAAUAGUGAUUCAUAUCAAAUUUAUUGUUAGUGAUGUUACAGGAGAUAGUUUGUGUGCAUCAGGCAUUGGUAAAGAAUUUAGGUAAAGUCAUGGAUUUUUCUUGUUAAGGUGUUCAAAACCAGUUCCUUCUUUCUCACUGGACUCCAUGAACUGCCCAACGGAAGACGAAAAAAAAAAAAAAAGAGAGUUUGUCUCUUGAAAAUGGCUAUAAACCAGUCAUUUAUAUUUUGUUUGAUGGGUCAGCAUCGACGGAUAAGAAGGCAACCAUCUGGCUAGUGCCUUGGACAUCAUUUUGGGUGAGGAGUGCAAUGUGAUUGGGCAGAUACUGUGCACCAUUAAGCAUGGGAAUGGGUAGCAAUCCUCUCAUGAGUUCUUAUGUUUCAUGGUCAAACAUUUGGAAAAAAAAUUGUGCCAUUUCAGCUGAAAUUUUCAGAUAGCAAGGGCCUGAUGGAAUCAUCUUACUGCACAUAAUGCCUAAAGAAGGUUUUGGCAUAAUGGCCUUCAAUUUUUUUCUGAUAGUACCAUUUAGACAACAUUUGCUAACUACUGAGUGUCAUUCUUUUGUAUUCUGACUCUUUUUUUAACCUCCCACUUUUUUCCUUAGCAGAAUUAACUAUAAAUAUCAGAAAAUGGGCUUCAGAAAUUAGGGUAAAUGUGAAAUUAAUUACAGCAUCGAUUUCAUUGGUACAGAAUAAACAUUGUAACAGCCAUUUGACUCUCAAAUCUGAUAAAGUUGAUGGCUGAAUCAUGCCAACCAUUAAAAUGCAUGGCUUGUUAGUCACAAGGAAGAGUCGUAACAUUCAUUUUGUUGACAGAAGUGUAAAAGCAUACAUCUCCACAAACCAAUGCAUAAUAGAUAUCUAAUAAAAAAUUUACAUGUGAGUUUUAGGGGAGAAAACUGUUUAAACAUCUUUGGCAAUUACCAAGAUCAUGGAGGAAUUACUUAACAAAUCCCUUCAGUCCUAUAUCACCAGUAUGGAGCCAACUGAGUCUUGAUUAGAUUUGAACCUGCUGUAGUAUGUCUUUUAGCAAUUCUAAACCAUAGCAUUCGUUUUGGCAGUGGGAGUAUCAGGACUGAAAAGGAUCCUAGGGAUCCAUUCAUUCAAGUGCCUCAUCUUGAAUGGUAGAAUUAUAACUGCAGAAAUUCCAUUGCUUCAAAUAUUAUAUGCAGAUUCAUGACUGCAGCAGAAAUUUGCCUUGUAAAAGACCCCUGAAGUUUUUUGAAGUCUACACAGAAUGCAGUGAAUAUGGGCACAUUGAAGACUCAAUUUACAUGGAUAAUAGUGUAUUAGGACCAUCUUCAUCUUCAUAUGAUACAACCCGUAACACCAGACCUUGAAAAAUUGUAUUACCUCUCUUUUGCUCAACUUGUUGGAGACAAAUGAACAUGAUUAUCUUUAGACUGAAGUAACUUGUUGCGGAGGUUAAUUUGAAGGAUACAUAGAUGUGAAAAGGCCUGGAGAAGAUGUAAGCAGAUGGAGGAAAUAUCCCAGGAAAAAUGCAGGAUGAUUAUUUGACAAUUGCAACCACACGUCCAGAGACCUUAUUUGGUGAUACAGCUGUUGCUGUAAAUCCUGAGGAUGAACGUUAUUCUAAGUACAUCGGCAAGAUGGCUAUUGUUCCAUUGACAUUUGGACGGCAUGUUCCCAUCAUCUCGGACAAGUAUGUGGAUAAGGACUUUGGAACUGGUGUGUUGAAGAUAAGCCCUGGGCAUGAUCACAACGACUACCUUCUUGCUCGAAAACUUGGUCUUCCCAUACUUAAUGUGAUGAACAAGGACGCAACGCUGAAUGAAGUUGCUGGGCUGUAUUGCGGUCUCGAUCGGUUUGAGGCACGAAAGAAACUAUGGUCAGAUCUUGAGGAGACAGGCUUGGCUGUUAAAAAGGAGGCCUACAAUCUGCGAGUUCCUAGAUCCCAACGUGGUGGAGAAAUAGUUGAGCCUCUCAUAAGUAAGCAGUGGUUCGUAACAAUGGAGCCCUUAGCUGAGAAGGCUCUCAAAGCGGUUGAAAAAGGAGAAUUGACUAUUAUGCCUGAGAGAUUUGAGAAGAUAUACAAGCAUUGGCUGUCAAAUAUCAAGGAUUGGUGUAUAAGUCGACAACUCUGGUGGGGACACCGAAUCCCCGUCUGGUACAUAGUUGGUAAGGAUUCUGAAGAGGAAUAUAUAGUUGCUAGGAAUGGAGAAGAAGCCCUUGAAAAAGCUCAAGAGAAGUAUGGAAAACAUGUUGAAAUAUAUCAGGAUCCAGAUGUUCUUGACACUUGGUUUUCGAGUGGGCUAUGGCCAUUCAGUACUCUUGGUUGGCCAGAUGUGUCGGCGGAAGAUUUCAAGCGGUUCUAUCCUACAUCAAUUCUUGAAACUGGGCACGACAUAUUGUUUUUCUGGGUUGCCAGAAUGGUGAUGAUGGGAAUUGAGUUUACUGGGACUGUUCCAUUUACAAAUGUGUAUCUGCAUGGACUUAUCCGUGACUCUCAAGGUCGAAAAAUGUCAAAAACACUGGGGAAUGUUAUUGAUCCACUGGAUACAAUUCAAGAAUAUGGGACUGAUGCCUUACGCUUCACUUUAGCAUUAGGAACUCCUGGUCAGGAUCUAAAUUUAUCAGUUGAGAGGUUGGCCUCUAACAAGGCAUUCACUAACAAAUUGUGGAAUGCUGGCAAGUUUAUACUGCAAAAUUUGCCUAGCAAAAGCGAUUUAUCUUCUUGGGAAGCGUUGUCAAUUUAUAAGUUUGAUACGGUGGAGUCUCUGCUCAAACUACCUUUGGCAGAACGUUGGGUGGUAUCCAAACUUCACAUUCUCAUUGACACAGUUACAUCAAGUUACGACAAAUAUUUCUUUGGAGAUGUUGGAAGAGAACUAUAUGAUUUCUUUUGGGCUGAUUUUGCUGAUUGGUACAUUGAAGCCAGUAAAGCUCGCCUUUAUCACUCUGAAAGUCAGUCACGUGCUUCUGUAGCACAGUCUGUUCUCUUAUAUGUUUUUGGAAACAUUUUAAAGAUGUUACAUCCUUUUAUGCCAUUUGUCACGGAAGAGCUUUGGCAGGCACUACCUUCCCGGGAAGAAGCUCUCAUGGCAUCUGCUUGGCCAUUGACUUCACUUCCAAGGCAUGUUGAGUCAAUCAAGCAAUUUGAAAAUUUACAGGCUCUGACAAGAUCAAUCAGAAAUAUUCGGGCUGAAUACUCUGUUGAGCCCGCAAAGCGAAUAUCUGCAUCCAUUGUUGCAAGUUCAGAAGUAAUUGAAUAUAUAUCAGUGAUAUGCAUCGGGUGCCGCCAUAUGACUACCAAUAUUAUGUAGUUGUAUGUUUUUGCAAUUAAACGUGGCCUUCUGAAAUAUGUAUGUAAAUGUUCAUUCAUAAGGCACCGGUGUGCAUCGGGGCUCCGUAUAUAGUGCCUGUAACUAAAAGGAAAGACUGCCACUAGAUGAAGAUAAUUGUAUAUGCUUUUAUGUAUGUUUCCUCUGCACGGAUAGAUGUACAAGAAAGUCUUCCAUUGGAAGCAGAAGACUAAGAUUAAGGGGCUGAUUGAAGGUUUCUCUGAGAGUGAUACAGGCACAGAAAUUUACAGACUAUGAGGGUUUUUCCGUAUUUAAAACAGAGAACUAAAAGAUGUUGCCUUGGGGAAGGUGCACCUCAAAUUCUAUUUAGCCUCCUGCAUCAAUUAUUGUUUCUCUCCUGAGGAUAAUGUGGAAGACAGAAAGCAGAAGCUAAAACACAUCAUCUCACUCACUAUUACACAUCCUUCAACAGUAAAGAAGUUAAUUUUUUGAAAUUAACUGCAUAUCUUUGUUUUAGCAACACCGAAACAGAUAUUGAAGUCUGAAUGACUCCAGUUGGUUCCUCGACCGCUGAUUAAUAGUCUUUUGAGUGUGCUAUUUGUUUUUUUCAGUUUAAUACAAAUAAUAGGAGCGUGCAUAUAGGGGGUAUGAGUCCUAAGGUUUGACGGUAAAAUGAGAGUAAAUUGUAGGUAUUUGGCCAAGUUUUGAGCACCGAAAACAUACAGAAAAAUAUAAAGAGCAAAGAGAAGAGGGCCCAAGUCUUGUUUUUUAGUCUAAAUUCAAUGGAUUAUUGUUUUUUAGUCUUUAAGGAAAUUAAAAGGCGCAUCUAAAGAACAGAUAGAUUAUCAUAGGCUCGGGGUUUUCCAUAAUCGGCUUUUCUAUGACUUGACCUUGUAAUGCCUAAAGUUGUGCAAUAGUAUCUCUUUUAGCAACAUUGGUGUUAUACCGAUGCAUGGAAAUUUGCCAUUUACAACCUGUUGUAUAGUUACCCAGUAAACUGAGACGUCCUUUGUGGUAAAUUGUGCACAUCAAUAUUCGUUUCAAUUUGGACCUUUAAGUAGAAGCAACGGUUGCUGAGAUUCUUAUGACUUUUCAGUCUGGUUUUUAGAAAGCACCGUGGGCAAGUAGUUUUGUGGUGCGGACAGUAAUUUUUCUUGUCUAACGGAAGUGUGUCAAAAUUCAUUUUUCAGAGUUGCUCUGAUCAUAUCUUACUCUUUCCUUUUUGCAU